AGAGAGAGAGGAGGGAGAGAGCCUUCAGCGCAGGCAGGUCCGUGUGUGCGUGCCGGGGAUGUGGGGAACCGUUGCAGGCAGGGGAAGGCGUGACCUGCAUGGAAAAUGCCAGACAACUCCAGACACACACGCAGAGGCGCGCACACGCUCACAAAUCUCCGGCCAGAGAUAAGGCGGACAGCGGAGCGUGGGGAAGGAGGCGAAGCCGGCCCCCGCCGCCCAGCCAGCCGCCCUCCCCUGCCUCCCCAGCCCCUCGGGGAGCUCUCCCAGCACAGACAUGAGGUACCCCCUGGCCUGGUCGCUCUGUGCCUGGCUGCUCGGCGUGGCGGAUGCUGUUGAGCUGACGGAGAUGUUUGGGGAGAUCCGCUCCCCAAACUUCCCCGAUUCCUAUCCCAGCGACUCGGAAGUGACGUGGAACAUCUCCGUGCCCGAGGGAUUUAAAAUCAAGCUGUACUUCAUGCAUUUCGACUUGGAGUCCUCCUACCUGUGUGAAUACGACUACGUGAAGAUCGAAGCGGAGGCAGAGCUGGCAACCUUCUGUGGCAGGGAGACGACGGACACGGAGCAGGCCCCCGGCCAGCAAGUCAUCCUGUCCCCCGGCCCCUACAUGGGGCUGACUUUCAGGUCCGAUUUCUCCAACGAGGAGCGCUUCACUGGCUUCGAUGCCCACUACACGGCCGUGGAUGUGGACGAGUGCCUGGAGAAAAGCGACGAGGAGCUGGCGUGCGACCACUACUGCCACAACUACAUCGGCGGGUACUACUGCUCCUGCAGGUUUGGCUACAUCCUCCACUCCGACAACAGGACCUGCAAAGUGGAGUGCAGCGACAACCUCUACACCCAGAGGAGCGGGGUGGUCACCAGCGCCGACUUCCCCAGCCCCUACCCCAAGAGCUCAGACUGCCUGUACCGCAUCGAGCUGGAGGAGGGCUUCUUCAUCACCCUGAGCUUCGAGGACAGCUUCGAUGUGGAAGACCACCCUGAGGUGACCUGUCCCUACGACUACAUCAAGAUCAAAGCUGGCCCCAGGGAGUUUGGCCCUUUUUGUGGAGAGAAGUCCCCAGGACGCAUCGAAACCCAAACCAACAGCGUGCAGAUCCUCUUCCACAGCGAUAACUCGGGGGAGAACAGGGGCUGGAAGCUGUCGUACACAGCAAUCGGAAACCCGUGCCCACUGGUGCAGCCACCCAUCAAUGGGAAAAUCGAGCCUUCCCAAGCCAAGUACACUUUCAAAGACCAGGUUGUCAUCAGCUGCAACACCGGCUACAAAGUACUAAAGGAUAACCUAGAGAGCGAAUCCUUCCAGAUCGAGUGCCUGAAGGACGGGACGUGGAGUAACAAGAUCCCCGUUUGCAAAAUUGCUGACUGCAAAGAGCCGCCGGAGCUGGAGCACGGCUUUGUCACCUUCUCCUCCAGGAACAACCUCACCACCUACCGCGCGGCCAUCCAGUACCACUGCCAGCACCCCUACUACCACAUGGCCCCCAACAGCACCGCCACCUACACGUGUGAUGCAUCAGGGGUGUGGAGGAGCGAGGAGCUGGGCACGGCGCUGCCGUCCUGCCGACCAGUGUGCGGCCGGCCGGCUCGUGCUCUGCCCGGGAUCAUCAAGCGCAUCAUCGGCGGGCGCAACGCGGAGCCCGGCUUCUUCCCCUGGCAGGCCCUGAUUGUGGUGGAGGACAUGUCCCGGGUGCCCAACGACAAAUGGUUCGGCAGCGGGGCCCUGCUCUCGGACUCCUGGGUGCUGACAGCCGCCCACGUGCUCCGCUCGCAGCGGCGAGACAAGACGGUCAUCCCCGUUUAAGAGCACGUCACUGUCUACCUGGCCCUGCACGACGUGAGGAACAAGAUGGAGGCCGUCAACCGGACGGUGGAGAGGAUCAUACUCCACGAGGAGUUUGACAUCCAGAACUACAACCACGACAUCGCCCUGGUCAAGCUGAAGGAGAAGGUGACCAUGGGGAACUACGUCAUGCCCGUCUGCUUGCCCCAGUUCGAGCACGAGCUGGAGGGACCUCACCCCAACACACUGGGGCUGGUGGCUGGCUGGGGGAUCUCCAACCCCAACAUCACCGUGGACGAGAUCAUCAGCUCGGGCAUGAGGACGCUGUCCGACAUCCUGCAGUACGUCAAGCUCCCGGUGGUGCUGCAUGCGGAGUGCAAGACCAGCUACGAGUCCCGGUCGGGGAACUACAGCGUGACCGAGAACAUGUUCUGUGCUGGCUACUACGAAGGUGGGAAGGACACUUGCUUGGGGGACAGCGGGGGAGCCUUCGUCAUUCAGGACCCAGGAACCCGGAGGUGGGUGGCCCAAGGGCUGGUCUCGUGGGGUGGCCCGGAGGAGUGUGGCAGCAAGCAAGUGUAUGGGGUGUACACCAAAGUCUCCAACUACGUGGACUGGGUGGAGAAGAAAACAGGCUCCUCAGAGAGGUGGACAUUUCUGGACCCUGAGCUGGAGAGAUGAGUGACUAAGCACUGCCUGCUGCCGCAGCUUCCUUUCUUCUUGUUGUUUUUUAAUAUGCUCCAGACUCUGGUCUUUCGCAAGCAGUAGCCACGAUGCUCAGCCGCACUUCGGGCCUUUGCCAGCCCUCCACGUCAUCCGUUGCGCUUGGUCCCAUCCCUUUGCUUGCUCUCUUAGGAAAUGCUUGCUAGGGAGCUGGGGGAAGGGAGCGAAGGGUGAGAUCUCAUCUGGCAUCCGUAGCUCAUGCUGCCGGACUCCAAACCUUGCCCACCCUCCCGGGGAGGCUCCCUCCAAGCUAUGACAAAGGCACAGUGACAGAAGCAGCAUUUCCCUGCCACCAAAGCCUUGGGCCAUGCACAAAGACUUGCCCACACCCUCAGGGCUCUCAGGCCAGCUCUUCCCAUCGGAUGAUGUAACUGGAGGAGCAACAGGGGCUGUGGACAGCAUGGGAAACCUGGAUGGGCAGGCCUGGACCUCACAGGUCCCCCCCACUGCGUAACACCUUUUCUGUGCAAGGAGCAGUGAGAGAGCCCUGUGGGUUUGCUGGUAUUUGUAUCUGCAGAUAAACAUCCCUUCCUGAUGGCAUCUCAGGUGAUGUCCACCUGGCCCCAGGGAUGUGAGGAUGUGUCCACAUUAGCCCUAAACUUCAGCCAUGGCUGGAAAGGUAAUGGCUGCUGAGAUGGCACCGACCCAGCAUAUGGGACGGCCAGGUAAGCUUAGCUUCCUUCAGCAGGGACAUCAACUCCUUCACUUGCCAGCAAAGCCCUCCUACAGCUGUAAGCAACAUGCAGCAACUGCCUGCUGUUCCCUCUGCAUGCCUCUAACCUCCUUUGGACCUCUCCUCCUCCUCCUCCUUUGGUUUUGCCAUGCAAGAAAUGAGUCAACAGUAAACGAACCACUCUCCAUUUUGCUAUCGUCCAAAAGGCCAUUUGUAGAGCAUGUAGAGGAGCAGAAGGCCUAGGAAGGUCUGAUUUGCAGACACGCUAAGAACUGUAUUCUUGGCUAUGUCAUGUAACUGCGACUGUAUUUUUAUAUAUAUAUAUAUAUUUCUUUUUUUGAUACAUUCUGUAAAAUAUCCAAUGUCAUGUAAGGAUGGUUCUGUGUAAUCUUCCUCUUGAGAACAAAAUAAAACUUUAAUAUUUACUGA